GCUCAUAGUUCCUUUUACCUGUUGAAAACAAAACAUAUGGAGUAACAUUUUAGUCAGAAAUUCAAAGCUACGCACUUGAUUAAACUAAUUAUCGAAAAAUGGCGGAAGAAAUUAGACAAAAGGACGACGUCGAUUCAUCUUCGAAAUCUAAAAGCUUCUGGUCUUCACUCCGUUGGAUUCCCACUUCUACCGAUCAUAUCAUCGCCGCUGAGAAACGCCUUCUUUCCAUUAUCAAGACUGGGUAUGCUCAAGAGCAUGUUAAUAUAGGUUCUGGUCCUCCUGGCUCUAAAGUUAGAUGGUUCCGUUCAACCAGUAACGAGCCACGCUUUCUCAACACUGUUACAUUUGAUAGUAAACCCGAUUCUCCUACACUUGUUAUGGUUCAUGGAUACGCUGCUUCUCAGGGUUUCUUCUUUCGCAAUUUUGAUGCUCUCGCCUCUCGUUUCAGAAUCAUUGCUGUUGAUCAACUUGGUUGGGGAGGAUCAAGCAGACCUGAUUUCACAUGCAAAAGUACCGAAGAAACUGAGGCAUGGUUCAUUGAUUCUUUCGAGGAAUGGAGAAAAGCCAAAAAUCUUACCAAUUUCAUACUGCUUGGACAUUCUUUUGGUGGUUAUGUUGCUUCCAAAUACGCGCUCAAGCACCCUCAGCACGUACAACACUUAAUUUUGGUGGGACCUGCCGGGUUUACAGAAGAAACAGAUCCAAAGACUGAGUUUGUUACUAAGUUUCGAGCAACAUGGAAGGGAGCAGUUCUGAACCAUCUAUGGGAAUCUAAUUUUACACCUCAGAAAAUUGUCAGAGGUUUAGGUCCUUGGGGUCCUAACAUGGUCCGCAAAUAUACAAGUGCUAGGUUUGGUACACAUUCAACCGGGCAAAAACUGAUUGACGAGGAAUCAAGUCUGCUGACUGAUUAUGUUUAUCAUACAUUGGCGGCCAAAGCUAGUGGGGAGCUGUGUUUAAAAUAUAUUUUUGCAUUUGGAGCAUUUGCUAGGAUGCCCCUUCUUCAAAGUGCUCAAGAGUGGAAGGUGCCCACCACAUUCAUAUAUGGUUACGAAGAUUGGAUGAAUUAUGAAGGUGCCCAAGAAGCUCGCAAGCAUAUGAAGGUUCCAUGUGAAAUUAUCAGGGUCCCUAAGGCCGGCCAUUUUGUGUUCAUUGACAACCCAAGUGGCUUCCAUUCAGCUGUGUUUUAUGCUUGUCGAAGGUUUCUUACCCCAAAUUCGGACAAUGAAUCUCUUCCCGAAGGGCUAUCGUCUGCUUAGGAUUUAAUUUUGCAUCAAUCCAGUGUAUAUUAAUAUGGUUAUUAAUUUUUUUUUACUUCAUAACUGAAUGAAGCCGUGUCUUGUUUCUCAGUGAAGUGGAAUAUAAUGGAAAUAUAUGUAAUUGUAAUAACAAUAAUAUUGAUUUGUUGGGGAACUUUGAGGACAAAAACAUAUUCUGGUAAAAUUUUGUUGCACAUGCGACAAACAUAUGCUGUGAAA